GGCGCCGGAGCAGCUGGCUUUCCACUUCCACAGUCCUUUGACGCCUUUUUUUUCAACCAGCCUUCUCUUGUUUCUCGCUAUCGGUCUGGGGCUGAUAGCUGAUCCACUGAGCAGGACUGCGGGAUCCCUGUCCACCUCUAGGGUCCGCCCGACUUUAACCAAGCUCCGGUGAAGAAAAAAAAAUCUCUGCUUCCUGAGCUUCUUCACCAAACCUCCGUCACCAUCCCAACACACCCAUUUUAGCAGGUAUCCGUCAAAUACCGCCAAGAUGGUCAACUUCACGAUCGAGGAGAUCCGGGCCUUGAUGGACAAGCCCACGAACGUGCGCAACAUGUCCGUCAUUGCGCACGUCGAUCACGGCAAGUCCACCCUGACCGACUCCCUGCUGGCCAAGGCCGGUAUUAUCUCGUCCGGCAAGGCGGGUGAGGCUCGGGCCACAGAUACCCGAGCGGACGAACAAGAACGUGGUAUUACCAUCAAGUCCACGGCCAUUUCGCUCUACGGUAGCCUGCCCGAGGAGGAGGAUCUCAAGGACAUUGUUGGCCAGGAGUCGAACGGCAAGGACUUCCUUAUCAACCUGAUCGACUCUCCCGGUCACGUUGACUUCUCCUCCGAGGUCACUGCUGCUCUUCGUGUCACCGACGGUGCUCUCGUCGUCGUCGACACCGUCGAAGGUGUGUGUGUGCAGACCGAGACGGUGCUUCGGCAGGCUCUCGGUGAGCGCAUCAAGCCUGUUGUCAUCAUCAACAAGGUCGACCGCGCUCUCCUCGAGCUCCAGGUCACCAAGGAGGACCUGUAUCAGUCUUUCUCCCGUACCAUCGAGUCGGUCAACGUCAUCAUCUCGACCUACCUCGACAAGGCCCUCGGUGAUGUUCAGGUCUACCCCGACCGCGGCACUGUCGCUUUCGGCUCUGGUCUCCACGGCUGGGCUUUCACCAUCCGUCAGUUCGCGAUCCGGUAUGCCAAGAAGUUCGGUGUCGACCGCAACAAGAUGAUGGAGCGCCUCUGGGGCGACAACUACUUCAACCCCCACACCAAGAAGUGGUCCAAGACCGGCACCCACGAAGGCAAGCCGCUCGAGCGCGCCUUCUGCCAGUUCAUCCUGGACCCCAUCUUCAAGAUCUUCUCCGCUGUCAUGAACUACAAGAAGGAUGAGGUCAACACCCUGCUAGAGAAGCUCAACCUCAAGCUCCCGGCCGAGGACCGCGACAAGGAGGGCAAGCAGCUCCUCAAGGCCGUCAUGAGGACUUUCCUGCCGGCCGCCGACUGCCUGCUGGAGAUGAUGAUCCUUCACCUUCCCUCGCCCGUCACUGCGCAGAAGUACCGUGCCGAGACGCUGUACGAGGGUCCUCCGGAUGACGAGGCUGCCAUCAGCAUCCGCGACUGCAACCCCAACGGCCCCCUCAUGCUCUACGUCUCCAAGAUGGUGCCGACCUCCGAUAAGGGCCGCUUCUACGCCUUCGGCCGUGUCUUCUCCGGUACCGUUCGCUCCGGUCUCAAGGUCCGCAUCCAGGGCCCCAACUACACCCCUGGAAAGAAGGACGAUCUCUUCAUCAAGGCCAUCCAGCGCACCGUCCUCAUGAUGGGUGGCAAGGUCGAGCCCAUCGACGACAUGCCUGCCGGUAACAUUGUCGGCCUGGUCGGCAUUGACCAGUUCCUGCUCAAGUCCGGUACCCUCACCACCAGCGAGACGGCCCACAACAUGAAGGUCAUGAAGUUCUCCGUCUCCCCCGUCGUCCAGCGUUCCGUCCAGGUCAAGAACGCCCAGGACCUGCCCAAGCUUGUCGAAGGUCUCAAGCGCCUGUCCAAGUCGGAUCCUUGCGUCCUGACCUUGACCAACGAGUCUGGUGAGCACGUCGUUGCUGGUGCUGGUGAGCUCCACCUUGAGAUCUGCUUGAAGGAUCUCGAGGAGGACCAUGCCGGUGUUCCUCUCAUCAUUUCGGACCCUGUCGUCCAGUAUCGCGAGACCGUCAGCGGCAAGUCCAGCAUGACUGCGCUCUCCAAGUCGCCCAACAAGCACAACCGUCUCUACAUGGUUGCCGAGCCCCUGGAUGAAGAGCUCUCCGCCGCCAUUGAGGCCGGCAAGAUCAACCCGCGUGACGAUUUCAAGGCUCGCGCCCGUCUCCUCGCUGACGACUUCGGCUGGGAUGUCACCGAUGCCCGCAAGAUUUGGGCGUUCGGUCCCGACACCACCGGCGCCAACCUCCUCGUCGACCAGACCAAGGCCGUCCAAUACCUUAACGAAAUCAAGGACUCGGUUGUUUCCGGCUUCCAGUGGGCUACCCGCGAGGGUCCCAUGGCUGAGGAGCCAAUGCGCAGCAUCCGCUUCAACAUUCUUGAUGUGACCUUGCACGCCGAUGCCAUCCACCGUGGUGGUGGUCAGAUCAUCCCCACCGCCCGCCGCGUGCUCUACGCCUCUACUCUGCUGGCUGAGCCCGCCCUUCUGGAGCCCGUCUUCUUGGUCGAAAUCCAGGUUCCCGAGAGCGCCAUGGGUGGUGUCUACGGUGUCCUUACCCGCCGGAGAGGUCACGUCUUCAACGAGGAGCAGCGCCCUGGUACCCCUCUCUUCACCAUCAAGGCCUACCUCCCCGUCAUGGAGUCUUUCGGCUUCAACGGCGAUCUGCGCGCCGCCACCUCUGGCCAGGCCUUCCCCCAGUCCGUCUUCGAUCACUGGCAAGUUCUUCCUGGCGGCUCUCCUCUGGAUGCUACUUCCAAGACUGGCGGAAUUGUGCAAGAAAUCCGCAAGCGCAAGGGUCUCAAGGUCGAGGUUCCGGGCUACGAGAACUACUACGACAAGCUUUAAGCAAUGCCUGCCACUUGGCGUGUAACUCGCUGCUUCGUGCCCGCAGCGCCAUAAGAGCCGAGUCGCUGGGCUUGUUCUCCCGGCGACAGGCGGAGUCUCGGAGCAUGGAAAGCACAGAACAGGAGGGACGGUUGGUGGUGGAAAGCCAAACCCAUGGAGAGUCGCUGGCACCCCAGCUUUUUGCCACAUUGCGCUCGGCCUGUUUGUAGUAACGUAGAUAUGAAUUUGUGAAGUUGACCCAUUUUUUUUUUGA